GAAACCGAUCGAAAGUUUGAGUUCAUCUGUAACAACAUUAACACAAAAAGAUGGUUGCGAGUGCUGAGAACAACAACGUUGCUUUUCUCGAAGCAAUGUGGCUGUCAAGUGGUCAGGUUUAUCCAGCAGUUUUGAAUGCUGCGAUUGAGCUAAACCUGUUCGAAAUCAUUGGACGAGGAAACCCUAACGGCAUGUCGCCCUCAGAAAUUGCUUCUCAGCUUCCAACUCAUGAUCAACACCCAGACACUCCCCAGAGACUCGAUCGCAUGUUGUUUUUUCUGGCAAGCCAUUCGCUUCUCAGCUGGUCGAAGCGAUUUGAUGAAGAAGAAGAAGACGAGAGAUUGUAUAGUCUCUCUCCCACUGGUCGAUACUUAAUCUCCAACGAUGAUGGAGCUUCCUUUGCUUCACUCUCAAAACUCUGUUGUCAUCCUGCUUAUAUCUCAGUCUGGCAAAAUUUCAAGCAAGUGAUCGAGGUGGAUGAGGAGGACUUGUUUAAGAAGGUGCAUGGGAUGUCUAUGUUUGAGUACAUGGAAACAGAUCCAACGUUCAAACCUUUGUUUCACAGAGCAAUGGCGGAUAUUUCUGCGAUGCAUAUGAGGAAGAUUCUGGAAACAUACAAUGGUUUUGAGGGCAUAUCAACUCUUGUUGAUGUUGCCGGUGGCAUUGGUCAAAGCCUCAAAAUGAUCACUUCCAAAUACCCUUCAAUUAAAGGCAUCAACUUUGACUUGCCCCAAGUGGUCCAACAUGCCCCCUCCUACCCAGGAGUUACGCAUGUUGGGGGAGAUAUGUUCAAAAGUGUCCCAGAAGGCGAUGCAAUAAUGAUCAAGGCUGCGACACAUAACUGGAGUGAUGAGAAGUGCGUAGAAGUUCUGAAGAACUGCCACAAAUCAGUGAAGAAAGGAGGGAAAGUGAUAUUGAUGGACUUGAUAAUGCCAGAAAUCCCAAAGGCAAGUGAUGGUGAUAAGUAUGUGACCAUUCUUGACAAUGUCAUGUUUCUGCAAGCUGGUGGAAAGGAAAGAACUGAGAGAGAAUUUGCAGAUCUGUGUAAAAGUGCUGGCUUCUCUGGUUACCAGAUUGCUGCUUGUGUCUUCUCUACUCUGGGAGUCAUUGAGUUCUACAAAUAAUGCACUAAUCACAGAAUUUGAAGAUGCAUGGUCCACUCAAUAAAUUAAAGCAAUUAUAUAUACAUGAGGUUUAGGAUUCUAGUUGAUUAUUAUCAGCGUGAUUUAUAUAUUGUAUUGUUGAGGUUUGUGGUCAUGAAAUUGUGAGAAGAAUAAACGUAGUUCGGUUUUCUUAUGAAUUGAGCUUCAUAGGCUUUUCUUUUCCAUAACUUCUGCUGAUUCUGCAGUAAAUUUCUUUUCCACCGUGAAAAUCAAACUGUCAAUUAUUGAUUUUGAAGUCACGGGAAGAUGACCAGAUUCAAA